GUGAGCUGUGAUUGGUCACAGCUUGUCACAUGGUACAAGGCUGUUGUGAAUAGCCUUGUACCAUGUGACCUCUGUUAUUGUUCUCAGAUUUCACACGUAGUAAGCAAUGAUGUCAGAAGUGACAUCAUUGCUUACUACUCUGCAUGUGAUCACUGAUUGGCCAAUCGGUGAUCAUAUGAUCGGGACCUCGCACAGAGGUCCCGACCGACGAUCAAGAUGUACUGAACAAUAGUAUUUCUGUACUCAAUGCCAAGUCCUUUUCUUACACUAUACAAUUUUCUGCUCAACUUCCUUUAGAUUUACCUUCAACUAUGUUUUGCAAGAGCCUGCCUAA